AUGGACACUCAAAAUAACGCAAAUGAGUGGAGCUUCUUAGAUUAAAAUUAGUAUUAAAAUUACAUUUUGAUUUUAGAAGAUGGAGUAAUGAAAGAUUACUAGUAUACAUUUUAUGAAUUACAUACAAAAGACCAAUUUAUUUAUGAGAUAAUACAUUAAAAAACUUAGAAAAACAUUUUGGAAAGUUUAUUUAAGCGAAAUGAGGAAAAAAUAAAUCCAGAUAAGUCUAAUAUAAAUUUGGUUAGUUUGAUCUAGAUUAUAUUUUAAAACUAUCUAUUUAGCAAUGAUAAAAAAACAAAGGAGUAUUUUUGUAAAUAUGUAACUUACAUAGAAAAUACUUUUUAAAGUCUUUAAGAUGUGUAAAAUUAUAAGAAUGUAAAAUUUGUAGAUAAACUUUAUCAAAAAAUAUAAGAAAGGAAUAAAAAUAAUGAUUACAUACCUAAAAAGUAAAAAUAACUACAAAAUUAUAUUUCUGAUCUAAAUUUAUUGAUGUAAAAGAAUAUUUUUAGCUUAAUUCAUCUAUAAAAUCUAAUGUCUUAACCAAAUUAGUUUAUUAAAUAUUAAAUGGUGGCUAUCCAAUAUUACACUUUUUAAAAAAUUGAAAGUAAAAUUAAGUUAACAGAUAAUUUGCAUUUUUUCAAAGAAAAGUUUAAUGCAAAUAUAGCAAUAGAAAAUUUAAAAGAAGAUAAAAUAUUUAAUAAUUUUAAAGAAAAAAAUAAAUACUACUUUUAAAUAUAAGCAGAAAACAAAUAUCAAAAAGUACAAUAUAGUGGCAGUAGGAAAGAGAUUCUAAAUACUCUAGUAGAAAGCUGUUUUAAUAGAAAAUUAAGUCCUUUAUACAUAGAUGAGAUAGGUCAUUAGAUAAGCAUACCAGUAAGCAAUUAAUAAUAUUCAAAAAUAUAAGCCAUUUAAUUUACGAAUCCAAUUGAAGCUUUUCAAGUUUUCUUUUUUUUAAUGUUUUUUGAUAGUAAUAAUGAUAAAUCUAGCUACAUAGAUUAAUUAAAGUAAUGUUUAUAUGAAACAACUAUUUUUAAUUAUAUUGAAAUAAAAGACACAAAAGACUUUAAUAACAAAGAAAAUUUUUAAAUGAAGGAUUUUAUUGACAAACUUUAAGAUUAAUAAUUUAUAAAAAACAAGGAAAAUCUUUUGAAAUUAGCUCAAAAUAAAUAUUUUAGAUUACUGAUUAUGUAAUUUUACAUAUAUCUUAUUAGAAAACAACAAAAGCUGCAUUUGCUAUUUACAAAAAUAAAUAAUUCAGAAUAGUUAUAAUCAAUAUUCAGAAUUUUAACUGAAAGUUUUAAAGAAAAUAAUUUAAUCUAAAAGUUGUUAAUAACUGACCUAAAUAGCAGAAACAACUAAAUCGAAUAAACAUUUUCAUUUUACUUCUGUUAAAAUAGUUAAUAUAAAAAUUAAGAUAAUUAAUUCUUCAUCUUACUUCCUAAUAGUAUGCUUAGCUAAUCAAAUUAAUAAAUAUAAAUGUUUCAAAGCAUUAGAUAAUCUUUAUUACAACAAAUUUAAGCAAAUCCAUUAUAAAUUUGCAUAAAAUGUAAUAAAAAUAUAGUUAAUAUUUUUUAUUAAAACUAUUUUGUUUGUGAUAUUUGUUUUAAAAAAAAAUUUUUAUCUUAUAUAUGA